AUGGGUGGUGGUGCAUGGCCGUUCUUAGUUGGUGGAGCGAUUUGUCUGGGUCUUAGUCAGAAGAUACAAGAAGAAGUGGAGUUAAGUGGAAGUCAGAAACUUGUAGAACUUGAGACUGAAGCAUAUCUGAGACUGAAGACUAUCUGUGACGAAUUUCAAUCAACGAAGGUGGAGAUGGAAUAUGAUAUUGUGCUUCUGAACGAGUGUGAAAUAACUGCAGUUGUGACACCCGUCACCCGGACUCCCGAGAAACGACGGCGUAUCAAGACAUCCGUUAACUUAACCAGCUUUAACUGCGAUGCCAUAACCAUGGUCCCAAAUCCAAGAUGUUCUUAA